AUGUACACCCGGGCCUUCGCGUUCUGCAACGGCACCUGCUCUCCAGAGUGCAUGAUCAUCUUCUGGGGCAUAGAGGACUCGUACACGAUCGGGAUACACCGCGAGACGCUGCGCACGCAGUUGCUCGUCGGUGACACGCCGUUGAGCGACGACGAUCUCACGUAUCACUUCGGCCUGUGGUUCACCGAGUAUGGCCAGCGGAUUGUGGAAAAUACACUUGCCUACGACAACUGCCGCCCCGAGGAGACGUGCAACAGCGAGUGCGACGGGCCGUCACAUGCUCGGUUCUGGUACGGAACGGACGCGCUCCCUUCCCCCGGCCACCUCGACGCGCCCGAGCCCCAGUCCAGCAAGAAGCGAGGGGAGAAGAGAAAGUGCAAGGAGCCAGCGCGGCUGGUGGAGAUCACCCUGGCGGUCGAUUGCGACGAGUGCAGGAGCAACAAGACGAUCGCCGCCGCUGCCGAAUGCGCGGUCGCCGAACCCGCGGCCACCGACGAGCCACCUGCCGACCCCGCGGUGAGCACACCUGCGGACCCCGAGGCGUUGUCUCGCUCUACCUCUAUGCUCGUCGAAGCCCCCCCAAUAGAUCCGAAUCGUCCGGACACCCCAUCGCCAAGCCGACUCCCGACGCUACGCCGCCCCCAGACCUGCUUCUGUGACGAAUGCCUCAACCCGCCGACACGCUACGCCCGUCUGGACGACAGUGAUCUGGAGGGUUAG